UUGUUUUGGUUUUGCUGUCAGGGCGGGAAAAGUCAGCGUGGUCUUUACGUUCUCUGUGUCUUCAUGUUGUGACCAUGCCUGCUAAACAGGACGCUGUGGCCCGGCCUCCCGUCUCCCCGGUUCUCUUCGUGUCGGUGGAAGGUGAGCCCAUGUUGUUCUAUCUGUGCCCGGGUCCCUUAAAACGCAAACUUCAGCCGCUCAUCACUGCCGGAGGAGGGACACUGUGCAACGUCCAGCAGCCAGAAGCAAUCCUGCUGAUCGAUCCAGAGGACAGAAGCUUCGUCCCUGACUCUGCUGCUCACCGGUAUGUGUCGACGCAGUACAUCCACGACUGUAUUGAGAAGAAUGAACAGCUGGAUUUGGAUAACUACAGGCUGACCCCCAAACUGGUGCAAAGACAGUCUGCUCGACUCAACGGCAACAGAGAGGGCUCCCCGGCACUCCUGAGAGGAAGAAUUCCUUAUACACCCGAAGAAGAUGCAGCCAUUUUGAAAUAUGUCAGCAUGCACAAGUCUGAGAUCGGCGGCAACCGCCUCUGGCAGGAGAUGGCGAAGCAGCGCGUGACGACUCACAGCUGGCAGUCCAUGAAAUACCGCUACCGACUGCGACUGGCCAACAGACAGACGGGAGACGAGGACCCGGAAACGACGCAAAACAACGAGAAGGAAGCAGAGGAAAAGACUGAGGAUUCAGAGGUUCAGAAACCGAAAGAAGAAGCUGCUUCUCCUCAGAAACCUCCAGCUGAAACAGACCUCACAGCAGUAAAGCCUGAGCCAGCUGGAAGCAGAUCAGACGAUGAAGAGGAGGAGCUGCAGGCAGAUGAACUGCCGGCUGAAACAUCUGACUGUCCUCCAGCCGAAGAGCCCCGUGUGGAUCUACAGACAGAAGAUCAGAUCCCUGCAGCUGAGACGGCGCAGCCAGCAGAAGAUCAGCCUCAAUCACAGAGUGAGGCAGAGAGCUGUGCUCCAGCUGAGCCCGGGACGCAGCUGAGGACUCCCAGCAGACCGGAGCAGGAGGCGUCCUCCGACAUGGAGACCCCCUCCAGCCUGGAGACCCCACAGCGCCGAGUCACUCGCAGGCAGCUCAAGCUGCAGGUGUCAUCGUCUCCUGAACCGUCCAGCAAAAGGCUCCGGCCGUCUUGUGCCCCCUCGUCUCCUCAGACCGCUCAGAGAGACGAAUCAGCAGUGAAGUCGGCUCAGCAGAGAGACGGGAGCGCCGAGGAGCCGCCUCCGAAGAAGGCCCGAGCAAAGAGUGUGAGGCCUGAAGCAGAGAGUCAGUCGGAGGAGAGCGAAGAGGCUCACAUCCCCGAAACACCACACACAGACGAGUCUCAAGCAGAGCCGCAGAAAGCACAGAAGAAGAAAGAGAAGAGGCCGCUGGGAAUCCUUGAACUGGCAGCAAAGGAGUUUGAAAGUGAAUCGAGUGAAGAUGAAACUCCAGAUCUCCAGAUACCCGCCGAAGCAGCGGCUGCUCCCACAGAAUCAGUUCCUCCAUCUUCAGGUCCAGCUGAAGAUUCUGGAUCCCGAGAGUCACCUGAGCCUGAACCCGAGCCCGAGCCCGAGCCUGAGCCUGAACCCGAACCCGAACCCGGACCCAGCCUCCUGGAGAUCAGACCAAAGCUCCAGACCUCCAGCUCGAACCCUGCAGCAUCCAAAGCCCACCUGUUCAUCUUUGAGAGUGAAUCUCAGGAGGAGGAGAGUCCGUCUGCAGCAGCAGCUCCAUCCUGCCCCCCACCAGCAGGAGGCGCUGCUGCACUUUCCCUGACUCAGGUCCAGUUAGAGGAGGACAUGCGGCUGAUCAGAGAGCUGAUGACUCAGUCUGAGCAGGAUUUGGCUGCUGUGACUAAAGCCUUGUUGAAGACCAGUGGAGACUCCUCUGCUGCUCUGGAGCUGCUCCUGAACCCCUCCUCGGUCCCCGGACCCUUCUGGAGCCGGUCCGACGACAGCACUCUGCUCUCGGCCAACCCCGACGGCCGCCAGGAGCUGCAGAGCAGAUAUGGAGAAGAAGAAGUCGCCAAAAGAAUCGUGUUUCUGGAGGUGGAGAGAUGAAGAGAAACACAGUGUGUGUGUGUGUGUGUGUGUGUGUGUGUGUGUGUGUGUGUGUGUGUGUGUGUGUGUGUGUGUGUGUGUGUGUGUGUGUGUGUGUGUGUGUGUGUGUGUGUGUGUGUGUGUGUGUGUGUGUGUGUGUGUGUGUGUGUUAUAAACACUUAAUGAGAGAUUUCAAAUAAACUAGGGAAGAUGUUUAUGAUUUUUUUUUAUUGUUUUUAAAUGUUUUAUGACAUUAUUUUCCAAAUAAAAUUGUACAUUUGAUUUUUAAAAAAUCCUGAUAUGAAUAAAACUUUUG